AUGGCUGAGCUCGAGCUAAUGGCCUUCAUAGUCACACAUACUGAGCCCACGGCGACGCACAGCCGCCCCGACCCCUCGCCCAUAUCCUCGCCCGCGAGCCACGUCGCCCCGACACAGCGACUUGCGCCCGCCGUCGAGCUUGACACAGCCGCCGCCGCCGCCAUGUUGUCCACUUUGACGGCUCCUCCCACAGCCGCGCUGGCCGAGGCUCUGGCAGUCGAUGCGACAACCACUCCCGACGACGAUGACGACGCUGCUGCCGACAACAGAUCUAGCAGUCUUAGUGACAUUGGCGAACCCUCAGACGACCAGUCCGACGCCACCCCGGGGCCGGCCACCGUCAUAGACCUGGACGAUGAUGAUUCAGAAGCCGAGACGGAGCGCCUAGAAAACACACCACGAAAACUCGCACGCGUAACCAUCGAUAACUCGUUACUCUCCGAGCCCACGUACACUCGCACACCAAGCAAGCUUGCACACACCAAGACAGUUGAAGUUGGCGAGUCAGCCCCCCAAACACCUUCGGCGACUGCCCUGGAGCCCACAAUCGGCGAAGCAGUCGAAGAGGACAACCCACUCCACUCGCUGUCCUUAGCUGCGGCUGCAGAAGCCGCGAGCCUCUUCACUGGUAGCAAGAGGAAACGCUCUAGUGCCGAGGGUACCCCUGUAGAUGAGCAGGAAGACGAGCCUGCGCGAAAGCGCAGUAGCACCACAAAGAACUCAGCCUUGGAUGGCCUGGCUGAAGCCGCAGCGAACCACCAAGAGCAACAGCAUGUGCAGGAUGAAUUGGAAAAUGCUGAAGAGCAUUUGUCUCAGCUUGCCCAUGAGGAGCUUGAACUGGAGGAGCGCCAGGCCAGCCUUGCCGCCCAAACCGUCACCGAACUGGCUACUGUCGCGAAGCACACAAAGCCCCGCAAGGGUGGCCGCCGUGGGAAGCGCAAAAUGGAAGAUCCAAACUAUGCCUACAACGAAGCACUCCAAGCUGUCGAAGCUCACGACGCGGAGGGCGAUGGUGAUGCUGAGGAAGACCACGAUGCCGUACUCGAUGAUGAAGUCGCAAAGAAGAAACAGGCCAUUGACAAGCUUGCUGAGAUUGAGAAGAAGUUCAAGCUGUUCCGUGAAAAGCUCUGUGACGAGCAAAUGGCCCAGCUCGAACGGGAAAUGGAGAUGCUCAGGCAGCCAAAUUGCGUUCAUCCAGAAUACCUUGCCAUGGUCAAGUGUAUAGACGAUCGACGUGCUGACAAGAUCGCGUAUGAGGCAAGGCUACAAGAAUACAAGCAGAAGAACCUCGAAAUCAUCACCGCGGCUGAACGCCAUCAAAUGCACAGUCAGUACUUCCAGACUGUACGACAUCGACGGGAAGAGAUUCUUGAAGAAUGCAACCAGCGCGUAUUCGAGCUUCAACGGGGCCGGCGCCAGCUAGGCUGUGACGAGACCGAGUACAUGAUCAAACUCCCGGAGAAGCGUUCUGACCAAAUUCGACAACAAACUGCCUACAAUCUCGAAGUAUCAAUACUCUCUGGAGUGGCUAAAUAUGUUGGCUUCCCAGCGGCACCGGACAUCAGUCCUGCGCGACCAGCUGAGAUCGAUCAGGACAUGCGAGCUAUGAAGAUUGCAACGCGUGUCCCAGCACCGCCUCCCUCUUUUCGUACCUACAAUCGCCUGAGCACUGCCGACGAGGCUGCCGCUGAAGAGCAAUUUCUGCAAAGUACACCUUGGGCCAAUCCACGGCAUCCUUCCCAUCAAGACACGCGAUUUCCUGCAGAUGGAUCCCGCAUCUCAAGUUAUCAAACACCUGCUGGACAACGACGUAUGGCUGAUUUGACUGCACCCAACGGUUCGGCAUCGACCAUCGAAGCUAAUUCGAACCCACCGUCUUCUAAUACGCAUAAGCUCAACGGACGGAUCGGCGAGUCCGAGUCUCCUGUCUUACAAAUGAAGCGACCGCCUAUUGAUCAUACCGUAUAUGCGGGCACACCUGGUCCGAAUUCUCGCACAGUGGGAAUCCUGGGUAGGGAGACCUACGGUGUCAUGUCGAGUCCGGCUGUACUCAAUACUGACCAACCUGACGAGCAUGUCGGUCAUCGAUGGGCCGCUGGUGGCAUGCAACCUUUGAACGCAGGUCCAUCUGCAGCAGCAUCUAGCGCUUUGGGCACAGGUCGACCAGACGCUUCUCGGCCUCCGAUUACACAGCACAAUGGUCUCGGGAAGAUUAGUGUUGGAAGCUCUCUAUUCAGCCGAUAG